CAUGGGAGUGGGGGAGAGAUGGUUAGGGCUGGGCUCCUAGGUCCCUAGGACCCAGUACCCCAAAGAAGGUGUCAGUGAGCCUUCUCAUCCUGACAGCAUAGCAUACGCCUGAAGUGGAGGCAAUCGCUCUACACUUCAGUUUGUGUCUUGUUCUCUUUCCUUCUCAACAUCUUGUCUGUCUUUCCUUGUCUAUUUCCCUCACGCCACUCUCUUCCUCUCCAUCACAGCCAGAGGCAGAGAGUGGCCUCCUUGGGUGGCUCCACCUUCACCCCUAUCCGAGGUGGGCAGGGCAGGCAAGUUUCUCAAGCCCCCAAACUUCACUGAGUGACUUAUUCUGUCCUGAGUCAGGUUUAAGAUACUCUGUUCCCCUGGCCUCCAAGUAGUAUUCCAGGCCAACCAUGCAACUUGGAUAAACCACCAAGGACUAGAGGGGCUGGGGCAGCUUUAGUGCUGUUGGCCUGUCUGCCCUCCUGCUCCUUCCACUACACUAUGGAGGGGACAGAACCAGGACCUCCAGGAGCUGCUAGAUCCUGGAUGGCUUUAGGAGUGUCAGGGAAGCGUUGCAGAUGCUGUCAGUCUUCCCUGGUCCCACCUGUGAGCACUCCACACCUGCACUUUGCUGGAGGUCUGUCUACCUGUCUCAUUCGGAGUUCCUCUCCCUACUUGUGGAUCCCCUCUCCAUCAGAGUCUGGGUCAAAGCCUGUGAGGCCUCUCCCUCAGACCAACCCAGAGCCCCAAGUAUGAUAGUGUCCCAUGGCCAGGGUGUGGGCAUCUGGAGGAGAGAGUGGGGGAGCAGAAAUCCCUCUGCUCCCCAACAAUUCUCCUCCCCGCUCUGAGCCUGGAACUGUGGGAAAAAGAAAGAUGGGCGGGUGUGGGAUGAGUCGGAGACUUCGGGGCCGGGCUGGGCAAGGUUGGGCUGGGUUGACCCCUCCCCAGCCGGGGGCGGGACCCCAGUAGGAGCGAGGGAGCCCGGCCGCUGGGGAGGACCAGACACUGGAGAGGCGUUAUGGCGGGAACUAGUCUCGGGGCCCGCUUCUACCGGCAGAUCAAGAGACAUCCUGCGCUCAUCCCGAUGAUCGGCUUCAUUGGCCUGGGCAUGGGCAGCGCUGCGCUCUACUUGCUGCGGCUCGCCCUGCGCAGCCCCGACGUCUGCUGGGACCGAAAGAACAACCCGGAGCCCUGGAACCGUCUGAGCCCCAAUGACCAAUACAAGUUCCUUGCAGUUUCCACGGACUAUAAGAAGCUGAAGAAGGACCGGCCCGACUUCUGAGCCUGGCUGCUGUGCGCAUUCCACGUACACCACCGUCAGCCAGCCUCAUUUCUUCCACUCUCUGCCCCGAGGCCCCAGGGCUCCACUCUAGCCACCCUGUCCAGCUCCUGCAUACACAAGCCCGGUUCCCACACGGAGAGGCGGCUCCACCCCCGCCCCCCUUCCCUCGUUCCCUACAGCGGAAGCACCUCUGACCCUCAGCUUGAGUCCCACGCGGGGGAGGAGUUAGGAGGGUGGGCAGCAGCCGGUUUGACCCAAAAGCCCCAAGCCAGCCCCUCUGCCCUGCUACCGGGGCAUGGUAGGGUGUGGCACAGGCUACGUGUUGAGCGUGGCUAACGUGAGCCAAGAGCAAGCAGGGGCCUCUGAGUGCCAAGCGACGUGGCAGGCCCAUUGGCUCAGGCGCCAGCGCAGGCGGAGCUGCUCCAUUGGGCUCAUUGCCUGCUGCCCAGCCUGCCCUGGAGGCACCUAUGCUCAGGCAGGAGCAGCUCACUCCUUCCUCCCUGUGCCCAAGCCCCCUGCCUCCCAAGAUAACAGGGACCCCCUCCUGCCUUGCACCUGGGCCUUCCCCUGCCAUCCCGCCCCUCCCUUGCUCCCUUCUGUCCCCGGGGAUCAAACAGAAGCAGC